GAUAACAUAAGUACAGCGCUUGAGACUCUCUCAAGCUUGUGAAAGUUCGUUCUCUCUUUUUUCUCUUUUGGUGUUCGGGGUUUUCACAUAACUCAUUGGGGGAACCGAGCACGGGUCUCGAUGAGGAUAUUGGGAGUAAUUUCUGUGUUCUUGCUGUUAGCUUUCACAAUCUGCCAUGGAGAGGAGACAACUGUGGAGGUUCUUGGAGUCAUGGAAUGUAGCGACUGUGCACAGAGAAACGUCAAGCCCAGCCAGGCAUUUUCUGGGAUUCGAGUGAGCAUCGACUGCAAGACCGCGCAAGGCAAGUUCGAGCGCAGAGCAGUGGGGGAGUUGGAUGGAGAAGGCAUGUUCCAGGUCUCACUCCCACAGGAGAUGGUGGAAGGUGGCAAGCUCAAAGAAGAGUGCUAUGCACAGCUUCACAGUGCACAAGCCACGCCAUGCCCUGCCCAAGAUGGCCUAGAGUCCUCAAAGAUAGUCCUCAAGUCCAAAGCCAAUGGCAAGCACACUUUUGGCCUAUCUGGCAAGCUCAAGAUAUCACCCUCUACUUGUGCCUCAGCCUUCUUUUGGCCCUUCUUCAAGUACCCUCCGUUGUCAAAGUUGCCUCCAAUAAAGGAUUUUGGCCACCUAUUGCCUCCGUUCCCACCAAAGACCCUCCCUCCAUUCCCUCCAAUCUACAAGAAACCCCUCCCUCCAUUCCCACCAAAGGUACUCCCUCCAUUCCCUCCAAUCUACAAGAAGCCCCUCCCUCCGCCAGUGCCGAUCUUCAAGAAGCCUUGCCCUCCGCCGGUCCCUGUGUUCAAGAAGCCGUUGCCUCCACCAGUGCCGGUGUACAAAAAGCCAUUGCCACCUCCGGUGCCAGUGUACAAGAAGCCGCUCCCGCCACCUGCACCAGUGUUUAAGAAGCCGUUGCCUCCCCCAGUGCCGAAAUUCAAGCCACUCCCACCACCGAUCCCCAAAAAGAAGCCAUUGCCUCCCCCAGUGCCGAAAUUCAAGCCACUCCCACCACCGAUCCCGAAAAAGAAGUCGUUGCCUCCCCCAGUGCCGAAAUUCAAGCCACUCCCACCACCGAUCCCGAAAAAGAAGCCGCUCCCGCCACCUGCACCAGUGUUUAAGAAGCCAUUGCCUCCCCCAGUGCCGAAAUUCAAGCCACUCCCACCACUGAUCCCGAAAAAGAAGCCGCUACCACCCCCAGUCCCCAUAUUCAAGAAGCCGCUUCCUCCACCAUUCAAGAAGCCGCUCCCACCCCCGAUCCCUGUAUUCAAGAAGCCGCUACCGCCCCCCAUCCCUGUAUAUAAGAAGCCACUCCCGCCGCCAAUUCCCAUUUUCAAGAAGCCACUCCCACCACCAAUCCCUAUAUUCAAGAAGCCUCUUCCACCGCCUAUUCCAAUCAAACCGCUACCUCCCAUCCCAAAGAUACCUCCUUUCACUAAGCCUCCAUGCCCACCACUUCCUAAGCUCCCUCCUCUCCCCACAAUUCCUCCAAAGUACUUCAAACACCCCAAGCUCGGAAAGUUGCCCGUUCUACCUCCAUUCCCACCUCAUUCUUAGGUUCUUGCAAAACAUUAUUCCCUGAUGAUAGUAGGAUGCCUUUUGAUUUACCCAACACUCAAGGGUUUGCUUCAGAUUGUGCUUGCUGUAAUAAUGACUUCGACUUCGAUCGGGGAAGUACGUGGAGUUAAGAGGAAAAGUGGGAAGGCAUGGUGGAGUAGAGAAAAUGAGAUCAGUGGAUCGCUGUUCAAUUGUUUUUCUCAAAGUGUUGCACGAGUGAAGUUGAAUGUGUGUGGAAUUGCUCAUGUCACAAUGAGUGAAUUCCGAAGGUGUGCAAUAUAUUAAUAUAUCCAAUAUGCUUUUGGUAUG